AUGGUAACUUCCAGCCUUGUCAAAAGCAACCCAUUCCGCGCACGCGCACCUGCUUCUUCGUCUUCAUCCGAUCUUAUUAGAGGCUAUCGUUUCCCUGUACCAGCUGGAAUAGAACCUAAGUUUAAAUUGCUAGAAGGCGAUGUGGCUCAUUGUAUAACUUUCCCAAAAAACGAACUCAAAAAAUAUGUGUCAGCCUUUGCAAAUUCUCGUGGUGGAGAGUUAUAUUAUGGUGUUACUUCUGAGGGAGUUAUUCGUGGAGUAAUAAUUUCAAUGCACGAAAUAGAAGAAAUUAGGAAAAGAGUUGCUAAGGAAAUCUCGUCCCUGAUUUGGCCAAGACAUGUCGGAAGUAUACAACAAUUUUGGGAAAUUACUUUCCGGCAUGUCAAAGACACUAAAGCAGCAAGCGUAAAAUAUAAACAUUCUUUUUAUCCCAACCUUUAUGUCAUAACAAUCAUCGUCUACCCUUGCCAGGGUGGUGUGUUCGUUGAGGAUCCCCUUAGUUUUCACGUUGUUGAAAAUGAAGUUCGGAACCUGACCUUUUCCAAUUGGUUUGCACGCAUGCAAAAUCUAUCUACAGAAGAGGUUGACAGGACAGUUACAUGCGUAAAACUGGAAGCAACUGGAAAUGCUUCAGGCAGAUGCUAUACUCAGAUGUCGCUGAAAAGGUUAGAUUGGGUCGAAAAUGUUAACUUUGUUGAUGUGAACGAGAGAUGGAAUAAACGACAGUUAGAAAUUGUCUACAAAUACAGCAAAAAACCUCGCACCGAGGAGAUUGUGGACUUUGUUGGACAGGAAUCACCGCCUUUCGUUGUUUUUCGGGAAGGGUCAAAAGAUGAAUGGUUUGAAAAAAAUAUUCUUGACAUGAAUUAUGAUAUGAAACAGGUUUAUGUGAAUAAAUUGAAAAGUGAAAGGUUUGAGUGGAUUGAAGAUUUCAAAAUUGUUGAUACACCCGAGGAACGUUACAAACAUAGUUUAGAAGUUAUCUGUAAACUAGGCAAAGUACCUUGUACUGCAGAUAUUGAGCAAUUGUUUGGCGAAGAUAUACUUCCAUUUGUUUCUUACAAGGAGUCUACAGAUAGCAGAAAGUCGUUUGAAAAAAUUAUAUUUGAUGGAAACAACAUCGUAAAAGAAACGUACAAGAAAAAACUGGAGGGGUUGGAAUGGGUUAAAAGUUUUCAACUCGCCGGGGAAUCCGAUGAUCGCCACUUGGAAAUCGUUUACAAAUUUGGCAACGCACCUCAAGUUCCGGACAUCGUAAAUAUUUUUCCAGAAAACAUUCUUCCUUUCGUUAGAUAUCGGGAAGAAUCAAAAGAUGAAUGGUUUGAAGAAAACGUGCUUGAUGAGAAUUAUGACAUGAAAGAGAUUUAUGUACAUGAGUUGAUAAGUGAAAGAUUCCCUUGGGUUAAAGAUUUCUAUAUCAGUGUCACAAGUGAUCCUGAGAGUUCCUGGCAAAUAUUCAUCACCUACGCUCGAAACACGAUGCCUUCCAUGAAAGACCUAAAAAAACUCUUUGGUGUUAAAAUUGCCUCGUUUGUUGAUUUUAUCCCAGAAAGUGACGCGAGCGAUAAGAAGCCACUAACUUCCUCUUGUUUUCUUCGAGCACCUAGUUCAGGUGAUUCCCUCUACGUUCAAAAUGAAGAACGUGGAACAAUAGGAAUCCUUGCCACUCGGAUAUCAGACACACAUGACCACUACGCAGUCACCUGCUAUCAUGUCUGCUACUGCCAGAGCGAAUUACCCGAAUUCAUACACGAUGCACACGACACACUAAAGGAGGACUGCGGCUCAAACGCAUCACUUGGUUGUUUUGCUACCAAGUGCCAUUAUAUUAACAAAGAUACAGAAUUAGGAAAUUUUGGAUGUGGCUUGUACGACGACAAAAAUGAUAUCGCCCUUAUCGAGCUUGCACCAGGGCUAACCUGCAAUGAGGCCACUACUCUUCUUAAAGAUGGAGUUGAAUCAAAACUGCUUGGUAAAAAAGAAGUCGGAGAAAUAUAUAAGGAGUACAAGAAAAAGGGUGAGGACAUAUUCCCCAAAGUAAAAAAAAUUGGUUCGGUAACUAAAGAAACAGAAGGAAUACUCUAUGCAAUAAGUGGAGCACCAAAAUCAAAUGGUAUGAACAAUGGUUUUUAUAGAAUUCGAGGAACUGGUGAAAACGACUUUGCCGAGAAAGGGGAUUCGGGCUCUUUGGUUUACAUCGUAGAUAAAGGUAAAAAUUUUCCAUUUGCUAUUGUAAGCAAUAAAGACCCUGACGAUGAUGUCUACUAUUGUCCAAAUCUACUUCAGAGCAUAGAGGCGUUAGGUAAAGAGUAUCAUUCGAUAAGGAUUCAACCUUGUUUAAACCAAUGUGGUCGUACUAAUCCAUGAUAUCUCGUGUCGACAUGAUAUUGAUUCAACAGAGAAACAGGACUAAGAAAUCACCUCAAGUUUAUUGAUGUCUUGGACUUUUCCUAUGAUAGAACUUCCACCGUCGUAUGCAUAUUUAUUGUAUCACAACUAUAGUCUUAGUCUUCAAAGAAGCCCUACACAAUGCUAUUAUUUAACGCUACAAACAAUGGCGAACUGGCCUAAUUUUAAUUAAUAAAGUAAACUUGUUGGCACGUUCACACGAGCAAAUAAAACAUUUCAAAGGAAGAUGCCACAUUUUGCUUGUCAAGUUCGGCC